CAUUUUCUCAUGCUGCCGGAAACUCAACGUGAGUUUUCUAAUGCACAAAACGUUUGAAUUAAACCUUUUUAUGCUAAAUAUUGUGGUUCAAAUUGAUAAAGUUGAUGCUUGGUGCAGCCAUCAUGGAAAAUCCUUUGCUUCCCAGAGAGUCCGGACAGUUUGUUGCAGGCUGCAGCCGAGAUGUGUUUGUGGAAGGAUCAGGAGUGCAGAAGGUGGCAGAGAUGCUCUACAGUCUCAGAAACAGCGAUGAUCUCUCUGCCAGUGGCUGGAAGAAGGCAAAUCCGUUGGCACCAACAUCUACAUCUGACCAGGUGGCGAAUUGGGUUUUCGUAGUUGACACUAUGAACUUCUCAUUUUGGCCAGAAAAGGAAAGUCAGCAGUGCGAGGUGACUUACAAAGGCGUGACUUACACAGGCUACAUGACCCUCUGUGCUUCCAUCACCAGGGCCAUGGAGGAAGGUAUACCCAUUACUGAUCCCGUGUACUUUUCUCAGAUGAGUUUGAAGGAGCUGGCUCAUGUUCUUCGUUCAGACAAUGAAACUCCCAUGCCGAUGCUUCAAGAGCGCCAUCAGGCGCUGACUGAAGGUGGUCGUGUGCUGUUGGAACAUGGUGGAAGUUUCCAGAGUUUCAUAAGCCAAGCUGGAAAUGAUGCACAGAAGAUGGUGGAGCUGAUUGUGGAGAAGAUCCCGUCCUACAGGGAUGAAGCAACAUAUGAGGGCAAAAGAAUUGCUUUCUAUAAGCGAGCCCAGAUCCUGGUGGCAGAUUACUGGGCUGUCAUGGAGGCGAAAGGACAGACUGGGAUUAUUAACAUGAACUGGCUCACCAUGUUUGCUGACUACAGAGUCCCUCAGGCUCUUGUUUACCUAGGAGUUCUGCGGUACUCCGACUCACUGAUGCAAACGCUGAAGAACGGCGAGCUGCUGUGUUCAGGAGACCGGAGAGAGGUUGAGAUCCGAGGCUGCUCGAUUUGGUCCGUGGAGCUGAUUAAAGAGCGACUUUGCCAGUUAGUCCAGGAGAGAGACGGACAGACCUGCAACAUAAACUCUGCAAUCAUUGACUUUUACUUGUGGCCAUUUGCUAAGCAGCACCAUAAAGAGAUGGCCCACAUUCCCAUACACCACACACGCUGCAUUUACUAUUGAUGACCCGGCUGGCAGCCGAGUCAACAUUCAGCUAAGCCU